UAGUUUAGUAUUUUUUAGAAAUUUAGCAUUUUUUCAAAAAAAAAAACAAAUUAAAAAAAGGUUUUAACUUAUUCAAGGAACUCUCCUAAGAAUUAUUGGUUGAAACUCGUUGUCCAAUAAACAGCUUACUAUUUUAUACUAAUAAAUAUUUGUUUCUACAUCGCGGCAAUCAAACGUGACAAAUGUACAAAAUCUUACUAGUUUUAUUGUGAAUUUAUGGCGAUUUAAUGGAGUUCGUAAAAUCUGGAAACAAAUCGAUAGAUUAUGAAAAUUGGCCAAAAUAUCGAUUCUCAAAUAUUUUUGUUUCGAUUUAAUAUUUUCAAGCAAACCUGUAUUCGCCAGAUGGCAUCUACAUCGGCCGUCAUCUUUGAAAAAGUUGGUCAGACUCAGAACUUGGAAUCUGUCGAAAAAGAUGUCUAAUGAUUACAGAUGUCUAGGACUUUAUGUUGGCUGUAGAACUGUAACUCGAAAUGACCCGGUUUAAUGGGCUUAAUAGCUAGUUUACGUGAUAGACUCUGACGAGGUAGAGUAAUUUUAGUGUGAAAAGUCAUAAGACCAGUGUCAUCUGACUACUCUUCCUUCAAGAUGGCUCCUUCACCGGAGUAUGAUAAGGAACCGAAAGCCCCGGAUAAAAGUGCAACAUGUGUAUCUAGUGAUGAUACAAAAGUUCUUCAUAAUCUAGUGACUGACCAACAAACGAACUCAGAUCUCAAACCGAUGAAUUCAAUUGGGAACUCGGACGUGGAGAACAAUAAACAUGUCGAAACCUUGGACGACGGUCAACUUCGAGCGCUCCUCGAUGAAGCCAUCACGUACAAAUGUCCCAAAGAUCGUGAGGGCAAAAGCAGUCUUUUCAAGGAACUUCUUGAGGAAGUGGAACAAGACGAGCAAGCAUGUGAGGCGGCGGCGCGGUGCACGGGAGGAGGACGCGGGUCAAGACGAGGGGCGAGGGCGCGGCCACCCCUCCCUCAUUCCAACUCACUCCAGGACCUCGUGGCCGCACUGGCCGCCGAGCCCACGUCCCGGCGACACCACGCCCGACACGCGGCCCACGUGCCCGCCACCGCCUCCGUCUCCGCUCGGGCCAUACACGGAGGCAGCCUCCCAUCCGGAGUUGAUACCUCAUCACUCCUGUGCGAGGAACCGGCCCGGGGCGCGGGUUAUUUGGCCACUGUGCGGUGUGUGAAUCCGCCGCCGCUCGCCGAACGCCGAGUGUCCGCCAGUGACGCCAACUCGCCCCACGAAAUGGAAUCGCUCAACAGACGGAGCAAGCCGAUGUUCCCGAUGACGUAUACGGCGCGCGCUACGCUGGAGAUCGGCAGCGGCAGCGUGAGCUCGGGCCGCGCGGUCACCACCACCACCGCCUCGAACCAGGUGCGUAAGUCGCCCCCCACACUAACGCGCCCAACAAACUUACGCAAACACCAAAACGGAGCUCUCCCUCGCCGUCAGGUGGGUCUCGGCGGGGCGCGGGCCGGCACUCCGCCCGAUGAGCCCGGCCGCAACAUGCGGAGACCUUACCGCGAUGCAGCAGUGGGGGCCGGACCGCGCGGCCCGGACUCCAGCUCCGCCGACUGGCUGCGUUGGGUGGACUCGUGGUACGAAGGCUUGGCCGCCUACGCCGCUUCACAUGAGAUGGUCGGCCGGCCGCAGAGACGUAACUCCUCCCAUGAAAUCCACGACGACAAAGAAAGCAAAAUUAAAUACAAUAGUUUUUUAAAAUUUCACUCGUCACAAGAUUUUCAAAGUUAUGAUGGAGGACAAAGUUCUAAAGCUACACCCGAUGAGUGUGAUCAAGUCCCUCGGGCAAAAACAACAAAUAUAAAUUGUGAUUGUUUCUGUGAAAAUAUCAAGGACGCUAAUUCAAAAAGUGUUACUAGGUUUAAAAAUGGAUGUAGAGAACGCUUAGGAAAAGAUUUAGUUAUGCCGAACUUGUCGGCAAUAAAUCCACGCAAUGUUAGAGUUAUGACUAUAAGUGCGCCUUCCGCUGUGGAAAAUGUAAAAAGUAAUGAGAAUGAGAAAUCUUGUAACUCUUAUAAAAAAUCUUCUCACAAAAUAAUAGAAGUAAAAGAUAACAAUGAGAGUACUUUAGAAAAGGAAAUAGACAAAACAAUUACGUUUACCUCAAAAGAUUCUAAAAGCUUAACAAUAUCUGGAACCACGGAUGAUAUUCCUUCGAAGAAUGAAAUAAAUUCUCUCGAUAAAACUCUUUCUUGUACUAAAAUAAACGUUUAUUCUAAAGAUUCUAGAAAACAAGAAGACGUAUAUGAUGAAAGCCUUAGUGAUCAAUGUAUGAAUACUAAAGAAACACAUGAUAUAAAACAAUCGACGAAUUUACUUUGCUCUAUCUCCAAAGAUAAUAUUAGUGCAGUAGAAAAAGCACCACCAAAGAAUAGUUAUGAGAAUAUUUCGAAAAACAAAACAUGCUCUCUAGAUAAAGAAGAAUUUGAAAAAAUAUAUAAUGAAAAUAACUUAGUUAGUUUGCUUGGUGAUGAAAUUAAGUCACCUUCCAUAAAAUCUUCUAGUCUAGUAGAAGUUCCUAAAGAAAUUUCUCAAGAACGUACAGAGGUUAUCCAAACUGUAGAUGUAGAUUUAACUGUAGAUGUAAAACAAUCUACAGAUGAUUAUUGUGAUAAAGAAGGAUCUGAAUUAGCUUUAGUGAACUACGAUAACUAUUUAACGCCAAACGAGGUUUGUUAUGAAAUUUUAGAGGUAAUAGAUUGUAAGACCGUGGAUAUUGUUACGGAAAAUGGAAUAGAAAUGGUGGUUAUACCAUCUAAUGUGAAUUUAGAUGAUGAAUACUUGAAAUCGAAUUUCACUCAGUAUAUGGACAAUCAACAAAAACUUAUGGACGCGCUGAAAGCUGAGAGUAAUAUUGUAAAAGAGACUAACGCGUCCACAUCAGUCGUGGAAGACAUCAACAAAGACAUUCCAGAACAUUCCGUUAUAACCGACGCUGAGUGUAAAGAAAAAACUGUACAAGAGAUUAAAAUAGAUCUCACCAUAAAUAAGUGUACUGAAAUAGCUUGUAUAGAAAAAGUUUCGAACAAUAAUAACGACGAUGAGAUCGAUAAUAAAGAAUUAGCAAUAAUCCAAAAUAGAAAUUCAGAUAGAAAGCCAGUUGAAAAGUUUACAAUAACUGACUUCCCUUACAAUGCUUAUAUAUUUCUAACACAACCCACGUUGCUAGCUUCGCUCAAUAACAAUAAUGAAAAGCUACAAAUACAAGACAUAAUAAAGAGUACUAACAUCAAACCGUACGUCUCGGAAAACGCAGCAACGAAAGCGAAUAAGAAAAAGAAAGAAAAGCCACGGCCCGGUAACGUUAAUCUGAAAAAAGAUGCUUUAAUACACAAAAACGCACUAAAAGUUUUGUUGUUUGAAGAUCUUUCUCAUGACGAUGAUAGGAAUGACGAAACCGAGUCAGGGAAAUACGGGCAAGCUACUGAUAACGAUAAAGAGGUCGAUUCCGCUAUACCGUUCAGUUGCAUCACAACGCCGGAGGUUGUGAGCGGCUGCAACACGACCCCAUCCGCCUCGCAGUCGGCGGCGGCCGCCGAUCCAAAGCCUCGCGGCGUGAUAUCGAGCGCGUUCAACGGGCUGCCAUUGUCGCGCCCCAACUACGGCUCGACCGCGUCGACCGCUAGCGAUGAACACAAGAAGUCUUUAGACGAGAAUGGGAACGCGGUGCAGGCGUUUAGUUCGCCUCUAGCGGGCUCCGGGCAACACAAGAAGCCGAGGAGGAAAAAGUCGUCGAAAAAUGAAACCGUAAUCGAUUGUAGGCAGAUCGACGGGUACCAAGGCGACAAGGACGUCAACGAACUCCUGCGCUUCAUCGAGUCCGACGCAGAGAGCGCCCGGCCCAAGCUCGGCCGCGCCAAGCACCGCGACGACAACGACGACAAGGCGGCCAAGAAACGGUCAACCGAACGCCGCAAGGACAAAGACCACAAGGCCAAGCGCGCUUCCUCGCUCGAGGAACUCUCUCGCACCACGCUCGAGGAACUCACCGGGCCCCGCGCCGACCCCGCGCCCAAGCCCGAGCGGCGCUCCUGGGGCGAGACGCGCGACGACCCCGACCCCGACCCCGUGCCCGUCGGCGAGCUUACCGACUUCCAGACCGUCACCAAGCGACGCAAGCCGCGGCGCCGCCUCGACGAGCAGCCGCGCCGUCGCCACGAGCCCCCGGCGCCCCCCUCCGACCACACCGGCCCCAACGACUCUGGUGAUGAGCUAGAGUCUGCACACUCGCCACCACCCGCCGCGCCGCCCGCCCCUCCCCCCGCAUCCUACGCGGACAUCGCGCGCACCCGGCACAACAUCCCCGACCUCAUAGAGUCCUGCAACUACUACGCGGAGGGCGAGGAGGAGGGUGAGCGCGUCGCGGAGCCGCCCACCCUGCCCGCCGACAUCAAGCCGGGCACCGGCAGUGUCCGCCCCCGCCGUGACGGGAAGGCGGCGAACGCAAAGCGCGGCAAGGAUCGGUCGCCGCCCGCGCCCGACGUGGUGGCCGACCGGCGGCCCGCCGUCAUCCUGCUGGACGCGGGCGCGCGGCCGCCCGACAUGGACGGCGUGACGUUCGGGUUCGACGUGAACGAGCAGCUGGUGGGCGGCGGCGGGCGGCGCGUGGACCUGCUGCCGGGCGCGGCGGGGGCGGCGCGCGGGGCGGGGGGCGUGGCGGUGCGGGCGGGCGCGCUGCUCGUGCGCUACGUGCCGCCGCCGCCGCCCGCCGACACGCACCACCUGCUGCAGAUCGUCGACUACGUCGGCAACGCCUGGGAGGAGGUGGUCCGGUGCGGCGGCGGCAAGGUGCGCUACUACAGCGAGUAGGGCGGGCGGCGUCCGGACACAAAACGAACUGUGGGAUCGCUCCUUGUCAUAACAAGGAAGCCUAGUGCCCCGGGGUGGACAGGACUAAAGUGUUUUGUUGCGAGUGCCGCGAAUUGCCGCGAACUGCCGCACGAACCGAUCGAGCGCCUCGCGUUCUGCUGAACGUUAAACGUGUAAGAGAGACUUUGAGAUUACUAUUUUUGCAUUGGUGUAGUGUGUGCCGCCGCGGCCGGCCCCCCAACUAAUCGCGAACGUUUGAUGUUGGUCCUAGGACCGACUGCUCGAGUUUAUUUUGUUAUGUAUUUUUUAAGUUACACCUAUUUUAAUGUAAAUAAAUCGGAGAUCUUUUGAAACGUUGCCGGGACACCAGCGCGUGGACUGUCCCUUUACGCUCGACCGGUCAAUUAGUGUACUAAAUAUUCAUGAAGAGAUACUGACACAAAAAAAUCACCUAUGAUGAAGACGUUUAAUAUUAAGUAUUCGGACAUCACAAAUAAAAUAAAAAAACGGAAUUUGCAGUAUACUUGUUAAUCAAACUUUUUUUUGUAAUGAAUUACAUUACUUCACCGGCCGAGUGUUGCCAGAGCGUGUUGAGCUAAAAUGAGACAAAUUCUAAUGAGAAUAUAUUAUAUUUUAUCUACGUUUGUUAAAAUACAUAGAUUUCUCAUCGAGAUUAAUAUGAUGUUACACUGUAUAUGAAUAUAAUAAUAAUAACCAUUGAUUAAGGAAAUUAAAAGAGUUUGAAUUAAAUUUAAAUAUUUAAAGUUCAUCCGACAAAUAAAUUGGUUCAGUACUUUAAUUUUUUUUUACCGAUUUUCAUUUGUUUAAAGUUAAAUAUUAAAACCAAAGAUGUCUCAAUAGUAUAAGGCGAGCUUCAAAUGUAACAUCAUUAUUAAAGUUUAUAUUAUAUUAAAGGAAUCCCCAUUUACGAAAAUCUUGUGUGAGGCUUAAUAAAAACAUUGUAUAUGUGUAUACAUACGUGUUAUGGAAUAAUGAACUGUAACUCAUAGACCUUUGGGUUCGGAUUCCCUUCUGUAAAUAACUUGUGAAAAGUCUAUCGAGCUUGGCUCAUAAGUCAAUGUUGAACUUGUAGGCUAUUUUAGUGAUUCAAACAAAUUAUUAAUUGAGGACGGAAAACCAAAAGGAAUGUUUCUCGAACAUGAGAUAAUUUAUUAUGAAAUAGAUCUGAGAAUAAACAAUUUCAAUUUUUUUUUUUAAAACAAUUAUGAUCCAUACAUAAAUAAAUAAUAAAAUUCACAACAUCUCAUUAAAAGCGAUUUUUACCAAAAAUAAAUGAUAUUUCCAAUAAAAUAAAACAUGAAUUAAAAUGAAGACUCGUGUCCCUUGGACUCUAAUAGAGGUGUUAUGAAGCCAUUAGCUACAAACUAACACAAACAAGCCCCCUUUUGAUGAAAGGAACAGUUGACGUUAUAAGGUCUUCAAAAAAAAUAACUGGUUCAACAUUUUUCAACUGGAACCUAAACCUAGAGGCAAAUGCGCCGCUCGUGAACUUAAAUAUUACCAAACUUAGCUAGAAUAUUCUGUUCUAAUUAUUCAUCACGUGUUCGAGAAGCUUCUCUUUAGCAAAACGCCCAGAAUAUACGACAUGUCAGAUUUAGUUACAGUGAACGAAUGCUCGUAUGAAGUAUGUGAAGCGUUUACAUGAGCGGAUCCAUAUUUUUUUAUUUUGAUUAUUUUUAAAUGUUCCUGACGCAUCCACGUCGAUACGCGAACAAUAAUUGAUGAUACACUAGUCUCUUAAUUGAAAAAAAAAACAUAAAAAAAACCAAUAAACUCAUUAAAUACUAUAAAAAAAUUUUUAGUGAUAAUAAUUAUAUUUAAGAGUCGGUUUGUUGUGGACUUGUUCAGGAACUGAUGCUUUUUGUCUGUCAUUUGUUUAAUGUUGAUUGUUUUUGCUCCUGAAUUGCUUACGUGAUAUGAGAGAGUAGGAUUUAAUUAAUCUAUUUUGCACUCUUUCCUGAUUCAGCUGUGUAACAAACAGACAGACUAACCUCUUUACAUCCACAUUAAAUAGUUUAAUUUUCAAUUCGAAUAGUCUAUAUUAUAUCUGCGAAAAAAAACUAAAUACUUGCUCAAACUAUCAGAAUACAUAUACGAGAACACAAAACUAUAUAUUAAAUUAUUUAAAAUAUAAUACAAUGAAAAAUUAUCUUUAUUACUUAAAGGCAAAAAUAAUAGUUUAGAAACGAAAUUCCUUAAACGCAUGACAAAUUUCUGUUGAAAAUCUUUGAUAUAUACCAAAAAAUAUGAAAAUGUAUUCUAACGAGUAAAAUAUUAUGUAAGUUGGCAUCAAAGUAAUAAAAGUCUGAUUCUAAAAUAUAAAAAAGAAAGAUAUGAUUUGUCUAUUAAAAUAAUUAUUAAUUUCGAUUUUAUAAAUCUACUUGUUUGAAUGUUACGUUUAUAUUAAUUUAGAAAGAUUCAGUCACUUAAAGUUUUCUUGUGUGCUAUAGUUUUAAAAUUUUAACCAUAUUAAGCUUAUAAAAUAAUUAAAAGUAAACUGGAAGAAGGGGUUAUGUAGCUAAAACUUAUAAAUGUUGUAAUAUCUAAAAACGUUACAGGACUUGGAAUCAUCAUUCUAAAUUAAAAAGACAAGUUGAGUAUGCACAAAAAAUUAUAUUCACAAUUAAUAAUAUUAAUAAUUUGUGCCAUUGUGUAUUAAUUAACACUAGACCUACCUCUACCGGUCAAAUUGACCGUUUUCAAAGUUUUGUGAAAUGAACACCUGUUUGCUGUAAUACUGUUAACAAACUAUUUGAUGACUCUUAGAACAUGCAUAUAAUGUUUUCAUCACUCCUUAAUUCUUUCUACUAAUAAGUACUUUACUUAUCUAUUUCUUUUGUUUUUUCAUGAAAAAAAGACCCAUGUUUGCCUUGAAUAAUACCGGUCAAUAAAAUCGUAGGCAGGCAGUGGCUUGGGUCUGCUCCUGGCUUUGGUGAAGUCCAUGGGCGACGGUUACCACUCACCAUCAGACCGUAUUCUCAUUUGCCUAUAAGGGCAAUAAAGAAAGGAAAAAAAGAUGGAACGCGGCAGGAAUAGCUACAUAAGAACUCCAGUAGGUUUAGCGUUAAUUUACAACAAUAAUAUUAAAUAUCUCCAGAAUAUUAGGAUCAAGGCAAGUCCACAUCUGCGUGCGUAUAAAAGAACUAAAAGUCAAAUAUUUGAAUAUAUGUAUAUGAUUAGCAUUAUGCCCAUGCCCCUUUUGCCCAACAAUGUCUUCAAAUAAUAAAUCAGAUUUUCAAUCAUGAAAAAAAUAUUGAAACACAAAACAUAUUGUAACAAUAUAUAGUGUGUUUCAGUUUUUACGGUGGGAAUAAAACAAACAUACUUAAAUUUAAAGGGUUAACUAUUUAUUAUUUCUUUCCCGUGUAAAAUAUGUAAAUAGUAAACAGAAUAUUAACGGAUUUUUUUUAUGUUGUUAGUACAUUUGUAGACUAUAAAGAGCACUGAUCUCUGCCAUUGAAUUGUUAUGGAAACUGCAGAUCACGAUUGAACAUGUAAUAAAUGAACAUAUAAUUCUGAUUUUUUCUAUAUUUUCUUAGCGUUAUUUGCAUUACGUUACGACUAUUAAGUGACAACGGUACUCCUUUGUUUCAUGAAGGUUCAUGAUCACUUAUCAAUACUAUAUUUAAUCUGUGGUUAAGAUUACGUAUCGAAUGUUGUAUUGGGUCUAUGGCGGGAAUUUUGAGGCACAACACAAAACAUGUUAUGAACAUUUCUUACAAAUAGUUAGUUGUUGUUAUAAAUAAUUUAAUAAAAUGUAACACAUGUCCCUACAACACAAACGUAAUCUCCAAUCGAUAUAAACGACAGUUUGAAUAUGUUUGUUAUUAAUGGUAACUUCGCCAUCUUUUACUCAUACGAGAAUGCGGAUGAAAUAAAACUAAAUGUUUCUAUUGAGCUGAAAUCUAAUUAUUUUAUAUAGAGGUAAUCGAGUGAUAAUGCUUAGGAAAGCUAUUUGGCGAAAUGUAAAUGUAUAAAAUAUAUAAAAUAAUGCUGGUAUAUAUAAAUAUAUAUAUGUAUAAGAGGGCGGCUGUCUUAGACUCUGAUGAAAUUCUGUUUGUAGGCCGAGGUUGCGUCGACGGCUCCGGUGUAAGUAGUGCUAGCUUUGUGUAACACGUUUCACUGUGACUUUGUCAAUCGGGACGAUUUUUUUUUCUUCAGAAGCAAGCUCAAUAAAAACCGCCAUUCGCUUGACAAUAAAACCUCGGCAAUUAUUUUGAAAUAAUAUUGUGUUUCUUUAAGACGUCAGGGUUAGUCUUUUGUUCAGAGUUUGAGGCAACCGACAUGUAUCAUAUUAUGUGAGAUUUUUUUUAUUUAUCUGCUUUUACAUCUAACUAUAAUGUAUUUAAGUUUUAACUCUAUUCUUCUUAAAUGUUAGAAGUUAAGUCGUCUUUUCUUUAUCUGUUCUAAUAAUAAUAAUAUCGAUAUCUCAGUUGGUAACAGUUAUUUUGAGGGAAUAUGGAAAUUAAAUGAGUCAGGGUAGUUGCGCUCGUGUUUUUAAGUAAUUCUAAAUUAAUCUGGAAUUUACAUAAUAAUUUAUGGCUAACGAUGACAAACGCUUAUUGGGAUGAAUUCAAAAAAUAUUUUUUUUUACUUUUUUGUUUUGUUUUGUUUAAUAGGUUAUGGAAAAUAAAUAAUGCGUAGUUGAGAAAGGGGUUGUAAUUAAACUGCAUUCUUUUAUAGAUUCGCUUCUCAAUUGUUUUGACAUUGUUUUCACUGGUGGUAGGACCUCUUGGGAGUCCGCACGGGUAGGUACCACCACCCCGCCUAUUUCCGCCGUGAAGCAGUAAUGCGUUUCGGUUCGAAGGGUGCGGUAGCCGUUGUAACUAUACCUGAGAUCUUAGAACUUAUAUCUCGAGGUGGGUGGCGCAUUUACGUUGUAGAUGUCUAUGGGCUCCAGUAACCACUUAACACCAGGUGGGCUGUGAGUUCGUCCAUCCAUCUAAGCAAUAAAAAAAAAAAAAAAAAAAAAAAAAAAGUUCUAGAUAAUAAUUAAUAGAAAAUAAUUCCGCAUACUUACCUUAAUUUUACUGAAUUUUAAAUUUCCUAUUCUUUGCAACUGAGGUGUUGAUAUCAUAACGAGACUAAUUAAGUACAAUACGAUUGUGUACUUGGAGCUUAAAUUAAAAUAUGCUAAAGUCAUUUGAAGAAUGCGAAAUUGUUAACCUUGGUUACUGUAUAUAACAAUUCUACAGUAGAACUUCAACUAAUGUCAGAUCUGUUUUCGCUUCAUUGGAUUAGGUUUCUUUAUUUUCGUCUACAUUUUUGUGAAUAGAGUUAAUUAAACUUAACAUCGAUUUUGACUGUAAAAAGAUUGUUUAUUCGAAAACAAUAUUGUAACCAACCGCAAUUUACAGUUAUAAACUUUUUCACUGUUUCCGUUUUCUUAAUAAAAAUGUUGAAAAUACUGUC